AGUUAGCACUUCCAGCAAGCGUGUGUGCACAACACGUCACGGGUUAAGUUUGUGAUAACCCGAUUCUCAUUUGAAGACCCGAAUCAAAUUUCAAACAAUACAAAAAAAAUCGGAGCAGAUCUCAAACUUUGUUGAUGGCGCAGUAACGCCAAAUUUUCUAAUUUUACUCGCAUUUUUCUGAAUAAAACGACAUUUUACCGUGAACGGAAGAAGUUAACCAGUGGUCAAUGGAGGAGGAGAGAGAGACGGAGGAAAUAACUUCAGAAGGAAUCAAGAAUGAUGAUAAUGGAGGAGGAGGAGGAUGGGGAGGUUGGGGGUUUUCACCAUUGUCGUAUCUGGCUGAUCUUCAGAAAGCUGCUGCGGCUGCUGCUAAAGAGAUCUCUCGCAGUGCUGCUGCUGCUGAUGAGGGUGCUGCUAAGAGCUUUGCAAACAUACAAGAAGAUGCUGAAGAGCAACCUUCAAAUACAGAAGACAAAACUAAAGAUUCUGGUCCUGAAGAAGAUGGUUAUGAGAAGGAGAAGCUCAUAUCUGCUCUGAAUAAACUUGAGAAUGCUAGUGAAGAUACAUUUCUUAGCCAGAGUUUGAAAGUUAUAGAUGGUUCAGUGGAAAAUUUAGCGUCUGGAGCUUGGAAGGCACUAGGGAAUGCAAUAAAAGGCAGUUCCAACCUUAUUCAGAAGCUUGAGAAUUCAGCUGUCGGCAUAGCUGAUUCUGGCUCUAUUUUAGAGACUGGAAAAGCUAUUACAUUCAAGGGAAUUCAAGUUCUCGAAAAUGUGGGUAAGGAGACAAUGGAUUUGUUAAUCUCUGAGACUGGGUUUGAAGUUGAAAAGAAGUCUGGUGGAGUUGAUAAUCAAAGUUAUGACAACCAGCUGUAUGAGGAAAUGACAUUUGAUCGAUGCUUCUACAUAUAUGGGGGUCCUGAACAAUUAGAGGAAUUGGAGGCUUUAUCAAGCCAUUACACCUUACUAUUUAACAGAAAAAAAGCUAAGUUGUUGCCGGAGGAGAAAUCUUUGUAUGAGGGAAAGGUGAAACAGGUUCAGUUAAUUCUUGAUUUGAACAGUAAAACUGAGAGUACUGCUGUGCAACCAGAUAAAGGAAAGAAAGUCGAAAUUGGGGCUGAAGGAAGUGACAGUGAACUUAAGAACUUACAUGAGUCAAGUCUCAGUAAAGCUGCUGACAUGGCUGCAGGCUUUACAAAUGCCCUAACUGGGUUACCAGCUAAUGACAUUGUCCAAAGGACGACUGGCAGACUGGAAUCUCUACACUCUGAAGGGGUUCAUAGACUGUCAGAGAUUUGCUGUUUCGCUGUGUCUCAAUUUUUAAUGUUGGGGAAAUCCAUGAUAUCUAAUGCAAGCAAGAAUCAACCAGAAGUUCCCGAUGAGAACAUAACUAAAAUUGAAUGGCCUGAGGAUUCUCUUGAAAGAGCUAAAAUUAUCAGAUCCAAGGCUCAAGCAAUGACUGAAAGCAUAGAAGCUGUUUGUAAUAGCUUCAUUACCGGUAUAUCUGAUGUGACUGAAGCUUACUUGGUUGUCAUUAAAAGUGCUACAGCUGAUUCCCACGAAGCUCCUCCAGAGAAAUCAAUCCAAGAGAAAGCGAAAACCUUUAAAGAACAUCUUCGUGCAGAUCAGACUGUUGCUAUGGAUAAAAUUCAGGAUGGCUUACAAUACUUGUGCUUUGUUAUCGUGUCUACUUCCAUGCCUGCUACUCCUUGAAGUUUCCUGCUUUCAUCUGUAAAUAGCUACUUCUCUAUUUUCUUCCGAGUUGUUCUAUGAAGGGAAAUGCCAUGUCUUGGUAUUGGAUAUCUUGUGCUAGUUUUUGGUUGCACUAGAGUUAGGAUGAGUUACACAGAAAUACAGACCAUAAUUACUGACAUCAGCAGAUAAUAUUUAAUGCUAUAUGGGAUUCACGUUUCUUGAUAUUCAAAUUUGAAUGAAAACCUUGGUUCA